GGCUGGCUCGGUGGCGCAAUUAGGGCUCUUACCCGGCCGUUAUUUUGGACCCAAAAUCCCACUGUCCACCCAAAACCCGACCUUCACGCUCUCUCGCUGCAUACCAUUUCUUGAGCUAUGGCGUUGCUAGAGCAAAAGAAUGUGGCCGAUGUGAAUAAUGUGAGUACUGGCACCGAAAUCCCUUCCAACGUCACCAUUUACAUCAACAAUCUCAACGAGAAAAUCAAAAUCGACGAGUUGAAGAAAUCCCUGCAUGCGGUGUUCUCUCAAUUCGGUAAGAUUUUGGAGAUAUUAGCGUUCAAGACGCUGAAACACAAAGGGCAAGCUUGGGUCGUUUUCGAGGAUGUUAAGUCAGCUACUAAUGCUAUGAGGCAAAUGCAGUCUUUCCCCUUUUAUGAUAAGCCCAUGAGAAUACAAUAUGCAAAAGCAAAAUCGGACAUCAUUGCGAAAGCUGAUGGCACUUUUGUUCCAAGGGAAAAACGAAAGAAGCAUGAAGAGAAAGGAAAAAAGAAGAAAGAGCAGCAUGAUGCUAAUCAAGUGGGGAUGGGUCUUGCUUCUGGUUAUGCUAGUGCCUAUGGUGCAACUCCUCCGUUAUCACAAAUACCCUAUCCAGGUGGUGCAAAAUCUAUGGUUCCUGAGGUUCCAGCUCCACCCAAUAAUAUACUGUUUAUUCAAAAUCUUCCCAGUGAGACAACUCCAAUGAUGCUGCAAAUGUUAUUCCAGCAGUACCCAGGUUUUAAGGAGGUUAGGAUGGUGGAAACAAAGCCAGGGAUUGCCUUUAUAGAGUACGGCGAUGACAUGCAGUCAACAGGUGCAAUGCAUGGUCUUCAGGGUUUCAAGAUUCAGCAAAAUUCAAUGUUAAUUACCUAUGCGAAGAAAUAGUUGAUUCAUAGGAUGAAUUUCAACUAGAAUGUUUUAAACUUGUAACUGCUUAUUCCAUGUAUCUGUAAUCUGUUGUUUUGGGAUUGUCAUGAGGCUUAGGAGUUUCCAUUUUUGUGAAUCAUUACAGUUACAGAGCUUCUGCACUAUAUUCGCUUUUGAAAAUUGUUCAGCAUAGUAAAUUGAAGAAUUAAUGUGUAUUUACCUGAAAUUUAUGAAACAGUAUGUUUGAUAAAUAAAGUGGUUCCUACCUAUCAAA